AUGACGCUCGGACCGUAUAUUGUCCCCUUGACAACUGUAUACUUGGCGGAGUAUACCAUGCAGACCGGAGUAUGGUCGGCAAUCGGGUUCCCAGUGGACAGUAAAGAGGCUCGUGCCAGCUUUUACUCAUCCGCAGGCCUGGCGUAUCAAGCUGGAGUGUUCAUCUCGAGGUCGUCGGGUGUGCUCUUCCAAGCUACGAGGCCGAUCUUGUAUCUCAUGCCAGCCUUACAAGUGCUACUGCUAGUGUUCUUCACGUUCGUGGCAGCCACGCACUUCUGGUACAACUGGGGCUUACUGUCUCUGUGUUUCGUUGCUGGGUUACUGGGUGGUGCAGUAUACGUGAACGCCUUCACGCUCUUGUCAAGGGAGACCCCUUCUAGUCACGUGGAGUUGGCACUUUCAGCUGCAUCUGUGGGUGACACAGUCGGUGUCAUGCUUGCAGAUUGCGCAGGGUUGUUUCUUCAGGGCUGUCUGUACUCUAUUAACCACCUGCCAGGCGCUACAAUCAGCGUUUCUUGCUAG